CGAUGACAACUUAAUAUGGCGCCAGCAAAACAGAAAGUUCUAAUGUUCGUCGAGAUGAGUGUGUGUGAAAGUCCCAUUAAAAAUUCCACGGUAGACAAAAAGUCUCUGCCGCCCUUCAAAAAGGUGCGACGCGAAAAUUGGAAGCAGGAAGCGGCCUACAAGGUGAGCGAUACAAGUCAGGGGCAGGAGGUGUCCUGUGUCGGCGAAAGGUUCAUACCCAUUCGAUUUAAGCGGGAGAACAUCGAAUUCAACCUGAAUUACAUUGGCAAGCCAAAGGAGCGGGAUAUCCUCGAAACGGGUUUUACUUUGACCGCCAGCUACUGGCGACAGAGCGGCUUCAUAUCGAACAUAAACCGCACCUUUGGGAUCCGGGAGAGCCGACUGUUUCAGUUUAGCAACCAGCAAGGAACACGAUCCAGGGUGGUGGAUAGCGACUCUGCCGACGCUGACUGGCCAUGUAAUCCACGGGCGCGACCACACGCCAUUCAGAUUGCCACUCAUGAGAUGGCUUGUAUCUGCAGUCCAGUCGACUACAAUAUGAUGGAUUGGUCAUCUGGCGGCAUGGUGGCCAUGACCUACGGCCAGGACAUCAUGCUGUGGCGCAAUCUAGACGAGAGCACCAUGGUCUUUAGCGUCGAGUUCCCCACGUCCCUCAAGUUUUCGCCGGACGGCAAACAGCUGGCCAUCGGCUGCAUGGAUAGAGACUACCCAGUGCUGGACCUGUGGGAGGUGAGGUCGCAUACGGAGUUCUUGGUCUCCUAUCGCAAGCUGUUCCUUAAGUCUAUGGGCUACAUAAGUUGCAUUGAGUGGUCCCACGACGGCAAGGAGCUCAUCUGCGGCACUCACUGCGGCCUGAUCUGCGUGCUGGCGAUGCCCAAACUAAAGACCGUGAUCCAGUUGCGCGAGCAUCGACACCCCGUGAAGAAAAUGAAGUUCGCUCCCACGAAUAAGUAUUUCGCGUCCAGCGAUACGAAUGGCAAAAUUGUCAUCUUCGAUGCCGAACUAAAGGUUCGUCUGCUGAAGCUGGGUGGCAAAUCAAUGGUCUUUGACUGGCAUCCGUGGACUGGAGAGGAUUUAGCCAUUGCGGAGCGGAGUCCUGCAUCGAUCUUUAUCUUCAACAUGCCGCGCCGACAAUUUGUGGCUUCGUACAGGCGCAGGGACCACAGAAUAGUUAUAAAGACCAUAACAUACAGCAAGAUCACGGGCGAGUUGCUGGUCAACGUUAUUCGGCGUGAUGGUUCGGACAAUGCGGUGUUUGAAAUUGUGGUACUGGCCUCCUUAAAUCGCGUUGUUGACUUGUUGCCGCAUCAGGAUCACGGCACCAUCUUCCUGAUGUGGAAUCCGGAUGGAACGAACAUUGCCACCGGCGGUCUGGACGACACCUUUUCGCUGUGGAACUUUUUUCCCACCCACAAGCGCGAGGCUAUCUUGAGGAGACAGGAGCAAAAGGCCAAGGAUAAGUUUAGCUCCCUGAGCCUGUACAAAGGCAUUAGGUAAACAGUUGAGAGUGUUGUUUUAAAGUGUUAAUCAUGUUAUGUUUCUAGUCUUUUAUUCAAACCAAUUGUGCUUUUCAUUAUUUAUUCAAUUCAUAUUACUUUCAUAAAAACUCCAUUCUGUUUAACUCUAAAA